AUCUCGUUCAAUUUGAAGACCACUAAAACUUUCGCUCACUCUGUGUUUACAUCUUGCAAAAGACCACACGAUCUGCUCUACGAAACGGAUAUAGAAUCAAAUUUUAGAAAAUUUCUUGAACAUUAUCGUUGAUUUGGUCAUUCAAUUUAGAACCCACAACAUGAAUAAGGAGGAAGCAGCUCAGCGAAAUGAGGAGGAAGUAGCUGAGCCACCUGAGGAGAUACCAACUCAGCCACGUGAGGAGGAAGCAGCUCAGCGAAAUGAGGAGGAAGUAGCUGAGCCACCUGAGGAGAUACAAACGCAGCCCCAUGAGGAGGUACCAGUUCAGUCAGGUGAGGAGGAAGUAGCUAAGCUACGUGAGGAGGUACCAGUUCAGCCACGUGAGGAGGAAGCAGCUCAGCGAAAUGAGGAGGAAGUAACUGAGCCACCUGAGGAGAUACAAACGCAGCCCCAUGAGGAGGUACCAGUUCAGUCAGGUGAGGAGGAAGUAGCUAAGCUACGUGAGGAGGUACCAGUUCAGCCACGUGAGGAGGAAGCAGCUCAGCGAAAUGAGGAGGAAGUAACUGAGCCACCUGAGGAGAUACGAACCCAGCCCCAUGAGGAGGUACCAGUUCAGUCAGGUGAGGAGGAAGUAGCUAAGCUACGUGAGGAGGUACCAGUUCAGCCACGUGAGGAGGAAGCAGCUCAGCGAAAUGAGGAGGAAGUAACUGAGCCACCUGAGGAGAUACGAACUCAGCCCCAUGAGGAGGUACCAGUUCAGUCAGAUGAGGAGGAAGUAGCUAAGCCACGAGAGAGGGUACCAGUUCAGUUACGUAAGAAGGUACCAGCUAAGCCACGUAAGAAGGUAAUAGCUAAGCCACGUAAUAAGGUAAUAGCUAAGCCACGUAAGAAGGUACCAGCUAAGUCAAAUGCGGGGAUCCAAGUUUGCAGCAGAGAUCAAGGCCUAUUUAAUCGCGGAAAAAUGAACCCCUACUUCAAGCUUAACAAAAACGGCAAACUUGAAUACAGCCCUACCGAAAAUUAUAUUAACGAGUGGACACCAGAUAAAAGUCUUCGGAAUAAAAAAAAAGAUGCGUGGAGAAAAAAAUUAAACUUUGGACAAGGUACAAAGCACGAUUCUUCUAACAAUGCCCCUCAAGAGACUACAGAAAGUGUCGAGCAAGAGCCUGACGUUAUACCCGAGCCUGACGCUAUACCCGAGCUUGAAGUACAGUCCGAACAGCCUGACGUUAUAUGCGUGUCUGAUGCUAUACCCGAGCCUGAAAUACAGUCCGAAGAGCCUGACGUUAUACCCGAGCCUGACGCUGUACCCGAGCCUGAAGUACAGUCCGAACAGCCUGACGUUAUAUGCGUGUCUGAUGCUAUACCCGAGCCUGAAAUACAGUCCGAAGAGCCUGACGUUAUACCCGUGUCUGAUGCUAUACCCGAGCCUGACGCUGUACCCGAGCCCGACGCUAUACCCGAGCCUGAAGUACAGUCCGAAAAGCCUGACAUUGAGAACGUGAAGAGAAUAGAAUUUCUUGAAUAUUUUGAACUUAAACCAAGAAGACUACAAUGAAAGAUGACUACCGAAUGAUCAAAAACAGAGCUUAAUUUUAUUUGUAAAUCAACAAAAUAAAUCAGUCAAAUUGUACAUUGUAAAAUCGAAAAACAACGGUUCCAUGAUAUGACUGAGAUAUGUAAUUAAAUUUCAAACGGCGAUAGUACAUAAUUUUUAUGUAGUUCAUGUAAAAUCGUUCGUAAACAAGUUUCUCAGACAUUCGCUCUGAAUUAUUUAUUGUUAUUGUACAUUGAAAAAAUGAAUAUUAAAAUA